UCUACAUACAAGUCGGAAGACACUUGUCGGACGCCGCUAGUCGUAUGUCGUAACCGCUCGAAAACCCCGUCUACAAUUAGUCGUCUGUCAAAGUCGUCUGUUGGCGCAUGCGCACAACCUUGAUUUUUACGUGUCGGCUACCGUGACAACCGGGAGUUGUUGUCGAUUCGGAAAUUGGUCAAGUCCCAUGUUUUUACGGCAACUUUACGACAACGAUAUACAUACAAGAUGACGGAAGAAAUUACGAUAGAUGAGGUCAUUAUUAAUAUUGUGCGAGAUCACAAAUUUGUUUAUGACAAAAUGGACGUUAAUUAUAAAAAUGGUAAUAAAAAAAAGAAUGUAUGGAAAACGAUUGCAUUUCAAUUAAAAGAAGUUUAUAAUGUGAAUAUGUCAGCCGAAAAUAUUGAGAAACGGUGGUCAGCACUUCGAGAUAUGUUUGGUCGCGAAGAAAGAAGAAGAAAACUGGCACCAUCAGGAUCAGGUAGAAGCGAAAGUAAGGAGUGGCACCUGUACCGACCACUACUCUUCUUGUCAUCGCAUAUUGCUCACAGAAAGACACAAGAAUUGCUCAUAAGAAAACCGUCAGAAGAUUCGAGAUUCCAACCAGUGCGCUUCCAGCAGGCUUGUUCUCAGCCAGUUGAGCCAUCGAAAGAGCAGGAAGCUACUGUGGAAGAAGAGAUAUCGCAGGAGAUAUGGAAUUCUUCAGAAAUUGAUCAUACUUGCGAUGAAUCACAAAUGAUGGACAAUGAUGCUCAAUCUCUUCCUGAGUCUGUAACAAGACAAUCCAGUUGCAGUAGCUCCAGCUCACAACUUCACAAUUUCAACUUCAAGAGCACAACUUCAAGAGCAUUAAUUUCAAAGAUGAAGCCAACGAGAACAAUUAUGCCGCCAAUGGACGAUUUCGCAAAUCGAAAAAAUAUGAAAAAUGCCCUCUUAGACGAACACCUUGUAGAGGCAGGUACUAAAAUAUCUGAUGCGAUGAAUACCGUAUCAACACUGAUUGCAACAAAUAAAGAUAAAGAAAAGGAUGGGUACAUGCUCGCAAUAGAAGAAGGAUUGAAACAUGUCCCCGUAAAAAGUAGAACCCAAUGCAUUAUUGAGAUUCUUCAGGUUAUUGUAAAACAUGAAAUGAGAGAGUAAGAUUAUUAAG